GAUGGCAUCUGCACAAGGGACAAGGUCCUGCUGCUCGUGGUCACUGGGAGAGGGUGGUGGUGACUUGGGACACUGAGGCUCUGUCUCUACCUCAGCUUUAAGAACGAGGCUGGGCACUGCUGUUCUCAUUCCCCUGGAUGUGCUGAGCACCUGCUGGCAUGAGGUUUUUCCUCCAGUAUGUGGGCUGCUUUUUUGCUUUUUUCUCUGCUGGGUUUUUGAUAACAUCUACCUGGACAGACUGCUGGAUGGUGAAUGCUGAUGACUCCCUGGAGGUGAGUACAAAAUGCCGUGGCCUGUGGUGGGAAUGUGUCACGAAUGUUUUUGAUGGGAUCCAAACUUGUGAUGAGUACGACUCCAUCUAUGCCGAGCACCCUGUGAAGCUGGUGCUGACCCGAGCCAUGAUGAUCACAGCAGAUAUCCUGGCAGGAUUUGGAUUUCUCUUCCUUGUGCUGGGAUUGGACUGCGUGAAAUUCCUUCCCGAUGAGCCACUCAUCAAGCUGCGCAUCUGCCUGGUGUCUGGAGUUAUGUUGCUCCUUGCAGGUCUCCCAGGCAUUACGGGCUCAGUGUGGUACGCGGUUGAUGUCUACGUGGAGCGCUCCUCUCUGGUCUUCCACAACGUGUUUCUGGGCAUUCAGUACAAGUUUGGCUGGUCGUGCUGGCUCGGCAUGGCAGGGUCACUCGGCUGUUUCUUAUCUGGGUCCCUGCUCACCUGCUGCAUGUAUCUCUUCAGAGAGACCAGUUCUGGAAGAUUCCACUCUGCUUACUCCUUGAGGAAAGGCUAUUCCUCAGCUGCGACCGUCGUAACAAAUGUGCAUUUGCCAUCCUCACAAACAGCCACUGCCAAAAUGUAUGCAGUGGACACAAGAGUGUGAGGAGCAGGUAGGUGCUCCAGAAAGCAUUCUGCUUUUAUUUGUAGUGGAUUGCACAGAGACCCAAGCUCUUGUGGUUGUGAUACAGAUGUAGUUACAUUUCAAGGAUCUACUGCAUGCUACAAUGUUUGCAUUAUGAGAGCUUCAAAAAAAGCCUUCCUUCGAGAAAGUGAUCUCUGAGAGGAUCUUGCUUUAGGGAAUCCUGUUUUCUUGAGUGCUGAGGCCGCUUGCAUGGACUGAAAUAACCAUCACAAACUCUUUCAGCAUUUGUCUCAACACUAUUGGUACAAGGAGAUAAAUCAGCUGUUCCUGAAUCAGACCACAGUGUUCUGCAUGAGGAGCCCCAGACUGCGAGAUGGAUCUGUUUCAUGUCUGGCAACAUAUCAACAGAAUGUACAAAGCAGAAAAUACUGUCAAAAAGAGGGACUGACUGUCUGACCAACAUCUGCACCCUGUGCACCCAGCAUGGGGGUCUGCUUCUCUUACAGGCAGCUGGAGAGUUCUUCAGAAGAUAAGAGUUGUAUUAAGCAUCUGACCCUUUAUUUGGUCCAUGAACUGCUGCACUGAGAAAACACUGCAAAUCCAGGUGCAUUCUCCCCUGCAGAAUAGAAUCCUUCUCAAUCAGUGUUAAAAUGUACAUUACAGAUACUCUAAACUCACUGAGAUCUGGAAAUUGCCAGCUUCAUCCUGCUUAAUAAAGACAUUGCUUGGACAAAGAGAGUGAAGAUCCAAAAUCUGACCUUGUACAUGACAAUGUGUCUAUAUUAGCUAGAAACUAGGAUAAAUGAUAGUAAAAUCUGUUGUCCCUUUCUGUCAAAAGAUAUUUAAAUCCAGUUCAGGACCUACUGCAAUCCAUGCUGCCAUAGGCUGGACCUGGCUGGAGCAUCAGCCAGGUCUUCAUUAGGGUGGGUGGUAAAAACCCAUUGUAGUUUAACAGAUUCCCUAAGGAUGAAUGUGAAAAUUCUUCCAUGCCUUUAACAGAAAGAGAAGCUUAGACAGGGCUUUCUUAGGGUUGUUAGGAACUGUUCAAAUUCAGUCCUUUCUACUGUGGGCACCACAUCAUAAGGUCACGGGCACUGGAGGUUGAGAAAAGGCUCUCAGCACAGAGAUGUGUCUGCUCAGGGACAGUGAAGAAACAACAGUGGAGUCUCAGCAUGGUGUGCACAGCCAUGAGUACUCAGGCACCACCAGAGGUAGGCUUCCUCCACGGACUACUUGGUGGUGAGAUUGGAUUUUCUUCUCCCAGAGAGUAUGAAGUAAAAUGUUACGUUAUGUGGGCCAGAGGUGGAUGGGAUGGCUGAGGAUGGAGUGGGCUAUGUCUCAGAUAUCACCUCUGAUAGCCCCUACGAUGGAAAAUGAAGGGAUGAGUCUUCUGAUGGAUUAUCCUGGAAGCAGCAUCUUGUGCUGCAGCACAGAACUGAUCAGCAUCGUUAAAACAUAACCGAGUCCUGACACGGCUCCUAGUCAAGAAGUACUCAGGCUCUGGAACAGACAGGACAACAGCAGGUCCUUAUGGCUCUGCUACAGGCUCAAGCACCUCCACAGGGCCCAGACCAUAAUGCAGCCAUCUCAGCAAGAGCCCUUGUGGCAGCGCUGCUGCCCAGGUGACGGAGGUUCGUGCCUGCAGAGUUCAUGCUGCUUGGGUUGGCAGAUGUUUGUGUUAGUCCAACUGAAAGCAGGUUAUUGCCAACAGAGGAACUGUAUUGAACAGAUGUAAACACAGUAGGGGAAGUGAUGGAGGCUUUUUUACAAGGUUCUGGGAGUCAAGGAAUACAAGAGUUAUGAGUGAUGUGAUGAAUUCACAGAUCUCACCAAGAAUGCACAAAGAGAUCGGAGGUGACAGGAAUUUCUGCCUGUUAACUGCAUCCAGAGCUUGGUUGUUCUUUUUUUUUUUUUUUUAAGUUUUUCACAGUCACAUCAGAAAUGUGUUUGCUGUGGGGUUUUGGGGCAGGAGAGCUGAUGCUGCUGAUAUGCUCUGCCGGGGCAAGGAAGUUCUGGGAACUCUUUUGAGUCUGGUUCCUGGGUUGUGCCCCUGAUCCCCUGCUCCUUCAGGGACACACUGGAAAUGAGAUGGAGGGUGAACACACCCUAAAGGCAGAGUUGUGCUCAGUGACUGCUCCACUGCCCACAUCCCCACUCCUGCCCAGAGAGGCAAAUAGUCCCUCAGCCUCCCCGAGGGAGGAGAGAUGCCGCAGUGCCACAGGCAGCCUCGGCUCGACUCACGCAGCACACAUAUGCUCCUGGGUAGGACUUGCUGAGCAAAGACUUCAUCAGUUGGACCAAAAUUCUGAAUCAAAACCUCCCCAGCCUAUACAGCCAGCACAUUGUUCCUCCCCACAAACACUCAGGGACACCCUCCAGCCUCUUGUUGCUGUUUUCAAUAGCUUUUUCUGAGCAUGAAGAUUAUUUCUUGCUGCAAAGACUUAUUCCUUUUUUAGCAAAGGAGAAAUGCAGAUUAAUUGCAGAUCCCAGACCAUUGAUUUCUCCUGUUCAGUAGUUGAGGAGAAUUUUGGGCCUUCAUCCUAGUGGUCUUCAGCUUGAUUUAAGGUGGUGGGAGCUGUUUUGUGACUUGCAAUGUGUGGGACACACCAAGCAGUGGCUCAGUGGGCACUUUGGGAUCUAAUGCCUGUGCCUUGAUCAGGGGUGAAUAUAAAGGAGUUGUCUCAUUAGUCUCUGCAGCCCUGUGCUCCUUCUGGGGGUACACAAAUAGAGCACAUGCAUACCCCAAAUACUAUCUUAACUCAGGGUCCAUCCUCCUCAAAUACACUUUGCAUACAAAGAAUAUACAUACAAAUGUUCUUGCAUAAAAGAAUAUUGCAUAAACACUUGUGAACCUCUCUUCUUCAGUAUCUGUGUGGAAUAAGAGUUAAUUUUUUAACCAUGCUUCUAUUCUAGCCAAACUCUAUGAUAGGUUUUGAGAAUCCAUCACCUGCACAAGAGGACUAGGAAGAGGUCACAGCAACCCUUAGGUUUGCCAGGUUAAUGUUUUGUAACAACUGGUCCAGUGCUGCACUGCUUCAUUAUUCAAAUUCUGCUGACAAUCUAUCUGAUGUUUUGAUCAGGUGUUGUUAUUUAAUUGUUAAUCCCUGUUUGAUUUAAUACUGACACUGGUUUCAUGACUGCAGGAUUCACUCCUCAUUUGCUCAUUACCAUGUCACAGUGCAGAUCCAUUUUAGUUUAGUUGUUUAUUCAUUAGCAAGAAACCUCCCAGAAAAGAUACAGGACUUAUUUUUUCUUUCAAAAUCACAAACAGUCCCUAAGGCUAAAGACAUAUCAGGUGAGCUCAGUUAUUAAGGUAUUUCCUUAAUAUCUACUUACAUUUCAUUCAAGCAGUAGCUGACUAGGAAUAACAAUAGACUGAUUUUACCUUCCUGAUCACCAUUGAUGACUUACCAAGGCUUUAUUUCUCAAUUGUUACUUUCAGCUGAGGCCCAACAUUUAAUCCUUCAGUUCCAACAGCUUUUUAGGUUUCUCCAGAUUUUAACUAACUUCCAAGGAGUAUUUUUAUGUAUUUGGGCACCUCAGUCUUCAUUUCCCAGGGCAUAGGGAAAGCCAGGGACUUAGCUGAGAGCUGGGACUCGCAUCUUUCCUCCCUGCUGUACCUGUCCCAUGGUGUCUCCUUGAACUGGGGCUUCCUGUUACCCUCUUUACUGACAGCACACAGAUUGGUGCAGUGUGCCAGGGAUCCAGCUGAUUGCUGGUUAUGAAAAACAGUGAAAUGUUGUAGGUAAGCUUUUCGUUAAGCUGAUUUCAUGCCUUACAGAUAGGUAUUGAUUUCCCAUUUCGAUACGGGCAAGUGAGAUAGGUAAUAAAGUAAUGACAUCUGCAAUGGCUGUCCUUUUCUGCAUGCAACAUUACAUCCUCUCACUGCCUUGAUCAGCCUUGUUCAUAAAGACUUUUAAUUACCCUAGCAGUGAUUAGGGCUCACUCUUAUUGUGACCUUGUGAACUAGGCUGUCUCCUACUGCAGCUGCAUGAAUGUUUCCCAAGAUACAAAUUUCCUGCCCUUCACAAACAUUGUUAUGUGAUUUUGGUAUGGAUUCAGUAGAUUUGAACAAUUAUUUUCAGUAGACAGGAAUGUUAGUUCAGAAUUCUGCUUUUCUUACAUAUUUUAACAUCAGUGAAAUACAAUAAACGUUGUUGC